GGCAACUAUCUAUAUAAGAAAGUGUGAUGAUGAACACGUAGUGUAUUUGAACACCAAAACGAUGUCGACACUUGUGUUGUCUUUAAUUUUGUUUGCUUCCACUCAAGCUCUAAUCAAUUCAAAAAAAGACUACUACUGGCGCGACUACGACGGACACAUCCCUGAAGAUGCACUACCCGGUGGUCGCGACAGGGACUAUAAAAACAUCUACAUAGGUCAAGCCUAUAUCAAAGAUGAAGGUAUAGCAAUUGUGCAGAUAGACCCAGAUCGAAGCGAAGUGUAUGGAGAAAUGCAAGGCACUCAAGUCUUAGACGACAACAUUAAAAUUUUGUGUGGCCCUCCCGAAAAUUUUUACUGGAUGGACACAAAUUUCACACAGCUCCAUACAGAAUUAAAGACGAAACAGCUGGUAGUCGGUGGGCAUGAGGACGGAUGGGGGGAUUAUUUUGUUGGAAGGAUUGGUUGCAACGAUGGAUACUGUAUUGGAAAAGUUCUUGAACACGGGGGUGGUGGUAUGUCCGUCUUUUACGCUGUGGAUAGGGACAAAAAUCAACUAAAAUCUAAUUCGUACGAAGUUCUUGUAAACAAACAAAUUCCUCCUAAACCUAAAGAUGGGAGCGGUUCAGAAAGUAGUCUAAGUUUGACUUUACCACAUAUUUUUUCUUGUGUCCUCUGUGUAUUAUUUUCAAUUAUAAUUUAAUCAGAUAAGUUAGAA